AUGGAUCUUUUUGUGUGGGUUUGUCAACUUUAUGCUAAAAGUUUACGACGGUCAAAAUUAGAGCUCAAAUCCACCACUGCUGUUGAUCAAGAAAAUAGGUCAAAUGAAUGUGAUGGUGAUGAUGUAACCCUUGAUGGUUCUUUGUGGGAUGGGUCUGAUGACAAGUUGGAUAGUUCAUCAGAUUUGGACAGGGAGUGGCAGAGGAGGCAUGAUCAAUUCCAUACGAUUGGGUAUCGAGAUGGUCUUAUGGCAGGGAAGCAAGCUUCUGCACAGGAGGGGUUCAAUAUUGAAUUAGUUUUCCUUGCUGGUUAUAGCUGGUUAUUUGAAUUUUAA